UGGGUGGCCAAAUCCCGGGCCUCACGAGGCACUCUGGGGCCGGGCGGGGAGCAGACCGGGCUGUCUGCCACUGGCUCCGCAGCGCUCAGGGUGGGCCGGGCCACCACACAGCUCGCCGGUCUCUGCUGCCUGCCGGCCAUGAGUGAAUUCCCGCGGGGGACCCCACGGAGGUCCUCGGCGCUCCAGGUAAACGGGAGCUCCCAGGGCUGCCUGGAGGAGGUGCCUGCCGCCACCCCCGCGUCCCGGCACAGCCUGGGCGUGUUCCACGUCUCCUACAGCGUCAGCAAUCACGUCGGGCCCUGGUGGGACAUCACGUCUCGCCAGCAGCGAUGGAACAGGCAGAUCCUCAAAGAUGUGUCGCUGUACGUGGAGAGCGGGCAGAUCUUGUGCAUCUUAGGGAGCUCAGGCUCAGGGAAGACCACGCUGCUGGACGCCAUGGCCGGGCGGCUGUGGCGCAAGGGGACCUUCCUCGGGGAGGUGUGCGUGAAUGGGCGGGCGCUGCGCCGGAACCAGUUCCAGGACUGCUUCUCCUACGUGCAGCAGAGCGACACCCUGCUGAGCAGCCUCACCGUGCGCGAGACGCUGCACUACACCGCGCUGCUGGCUGUGAGCCGCGGCUCUCGCGACGCCGUGCACAAGAAGGUGGAGGCGGUCAUGGCAGAGCUGAGCCUGAGCCACGUGGCCGACACACUGAUCGGCAGCUACAGCUUCGGGGGCAUCUCCAGUGGCGAGCGGCGCCGCGUGUCCAUCGCAGCCCAGCUUAUCCAGGACCCCAAGGUCAUGCUGUUUGAUGAGCCAACCACAGGCCUGGACUGCAUGACUGCCAAUCAGAUCGUGGUCCUCCUGGCCGAGCUGGCGCGCAGAGACCGCAUUGUGAUCCUCACCAUCCACCAGCCCCGCUCCGAGCUCUUCCAGCUCUUUGACAAAAUCGCCAUCCUGACCUACGGGGAGCUGGUGUUCUGCGGCACGCCGACAGAAAUGCUGGAUUUCUUCGACGGCUGUGGUUACCCGUGUCCAGAACAUUCAAACCCUUUUGACUUCUAUAUGGACCUGACAUCAGUGGAUACCCAAAGCAAGGAAAGGGAAAUAGAGACCUACAGGAGAGUCCAGAAGAUUGAGUACGCCUACAAGGAAUCAGCGAUUUAUCACAAAACUUUGGAGAAUAUCGAAAGAACCAAGCACCUGAAAACGUUACCAAUGAUUCCUUUCAAAACCAAAGAUCGUCUGGGAGCGCUCUCGAAGCUGGGCGUUCUUCUGAGGAGAGUGACGAGAAACUUACUGAGGAAUAAGCAGGCGGUGACGAUGCGCCUCGUUCAGAAUCUGAUCAUGGGUUUGUUCGUCAUUUUCUACCUUCUGCGGGUCCAGAACGAGGUGCUCAAGGGUGCGAUCCAGGACCGCGUGGGCCUCCUGUACCAGUUUGUGGGCGCCACACCGUACACAGGCAUGCUCAACGCCCUGAAUCUGUUUCCUGUGCUGCGAGCUGUCAGCGACCAGGAGAGUCAGGACGGCCUGUACCAGAAGUGGCAGAUGCUCCUGGCCUAUGUGCUGCAUGUGCUCCCCUUCAGCAUUGUCGCCACCCUGGUUUUCAGCAGUGUGAGCUACUGGACUCUGGGCUUAUACCCGGAAGUUGCCAGAUUUGGAUAUUUCUCUGCUGCUCUCUUGGCCCCCCAUCUAAUUGGCGAAUUUCUAACUCUUGUGCUACUUGGCAUCAUCCAAAACCCAAACAUAGUGAAUAGCGUGGUGGCUCUGCUGUGCAUUGCCGGGGUGCUGGUUGGAUCUGGAUUUCUCAGAAACAUAGAAGAAAUGCCCAUUCCCUUUAAAAUCUUCAGUUAUUUUACAUUCCAAAAACAUUGCUGUGAGAUUCUUGUAGUCAAUGAAUUCUAUGGAUUGAAUUUCACUUGUGGUGGCCCAAAUGGUUCUAUGAUGGCUCAUCCAAUGUGUACCUUCACUCAAGGAAUUCAAUUCAUUGAGAAAACCUGUCCUGGAGCAACAACCAGAUUCACAAAAAACUUUUUGGUUUUGUAUGCAUUUAUCCCAGUUCUCGUCAUCCUAGGAAUAGUCGUUUUUAAAAUAAGGGAUUACAUCAUUAGCAGAUAGUAUCGAAUAAUCCUGGGAAAAUGGAACUGAAGCUGCUAGAUGUGCAUGACUGCUUUGAAUGUCUGGGAUAAGACUGCUAAGUAUUUCCUUCCUGAUGGGAUAUUUUAAGUCUUUUAACCAUUAAGACUCCAUUUGUGAAGCUGGCACUGUGCGUAGCAGGUAAAGCCGCUGCCUGCAGCGUCGGCAUCCCAUAUGGGCACUGGUUUGAGUCCCAGCUGCUCCACUUCCAAUCCAGCUCCCUGCUAAUGUGCCUGGGAAAGCAGAGGAAGAUGGCCCAAGUCUUUGGGCACCUGCAUCCGUGUGGGAGAUCAAGAGGAGGUUCCAGGCUCCUGGCUUCGGAUCAGUCCAGCUCUGGCCGUUGCAGCCAUUUGGGGAGUGAAUCAAUGGAUGGGAGACCUCUCCCCCCCCGCCCCUCUACCUCUUCCUCUAUGUAACUGUGCC